AAAAAAAAUAUGCCAGCGUACUUGGCUCCUUGGAGGGCUUCUCCGUGUGUCUUUAGAUCUUCCAAAUCGGAACUCAUGCCGGAUCUAGCCAGUGAUGGAGUUGUCUGUGCUCCGCUUCAAACAUUUACCGAAGAGGAGACAAUGCUGAAAAAUAUGGUGACAAAAUUUGCUCAGGAACGAGUUGCACCUUUGGUACAAAAAAUGGAUGAGAAUUCAAAAAUGGAAGACUCUGUAAUACAGGGAUUGUUUGAACAAGGGCUGAUGAGUAUUGAGCUUGGGGAGGAAUAUGGAGGAACUGGAGCUUCAUUUUUUUCAAUCAUACUGGUGGUAGAAGAGUUGGCCAAAGUUGAUCCAGCUGUAGCUCUUCUAUGUGAACUCCAAAAUACACUAACAAAUAAGUUGUUCACCACAUAUGGAACAGAAGAACAAAAGAGAACUUACUUGCCCAAAGUGGCUAAAGAUACAAUAGGCAGUUUCUGUCUUUCGGAGGCUGGAUCUGGCAGUGAUGCUUUUUCUUUGAAGACUCGGGCUGAAAAGAAAGGAGACUACUAUAUUAUCAAUGGCUCAAAGAUGUGGAUUAGCUUAGCAGAACACGCAGGAGUUUUCUUUGUGAUGGCAAAUACAGAUCCGUCCUUAGGAUACAGGGGAAUUACAUGCUUCAUAGUAGAUCGCAACACAGAGGGACUACAUGUAGGGAAGAAGGAGGACAAGCUUGGAAUCAGAGCGUCUUCUACCUGCCCAGUAACAUUUGAAAACGUAAAGGUUCCUGAGACCAAUAUCCUGGGACAGGUUGGACAAGGCUAUAAGUAUGCAAUUGGAAUGCUAAAUACUGGCAGAAUAGGUAUCGCUGCACAGAUGUUAGGACUGGCACAGGGGUGUUUUGACCAUACGAUUCCCUAUACAAAGGAGAGAGUCCAGUUUGGGAAAAGCGUAUUCGAUUUCCAGGGGAUGCAACAUCAGAUAGCUCAGGUGGCCACGCAGCUGGAGGCGGCGAGGUUGCUGACCUACAACGCAGCCCGUCUUGCGGAAACAGGAAGGCCAUUCAUAAAGGAGGCCAGCAUGGCCAAAUACUAUGCUGCUGAGGUUGCAACACUGACAACUAGUAAAUGUAUUGAAUGGAUGGGUGGCGUUGGAUUCACAAAAAAUUAUCCAAUAGAAAAGUACUAUCGUGACUGCAAGAUAGGUACAAUAUAUGAAGGAACUUCAAAUAUCCAGUUGAGCACCAUUGCAAAAAGCUUAGCACAGGAGUACUGAAACCAUAAGGAUUUCUUGACUGUCAACGGAAAUUAUUUCACUGAACAUUCAUUGUGAAUUACACAUUUAUUUGUAAUUAUAAAAGUCAUAAAUAAGAAUACAUCAUCACAGAUAAAAUUGUAAGGAAAACCAUGAAUUCCCCAUUUCAGGACAGUGAGUGUGUAAUUCAUGCGAAAUCGUGAAUUCCACAUUCAAAUGCAAAUCAUGGGUUAAAA